GGUGAGGAGGAGAGUACAAGAGGAGAAGGAUGGGCAGUUCUCCUUCACAGCGUUUCGGUCGCUUUCAGCGCGCGCAGCACAUAAAGCGGAGAGAAAAGUUUUUAAAAACCGGACGUAACGAGUUUUUAUUGUUGUUUUUGUUUACUUUGAGUCGGUUAACGUCGGCUCGUUUGUUUGUUUCGUCCCGUUGUUCCUCCUCGGUCGGCUCGAGCCGGACGUUGAGCUAACGUUUCUAUUUUUAAAUCUCACUUCCAACCGCAGCUGUCAGUUGACGGGACGACGGGUUCCGGUCCGCUUUCACCAAAAGAAGAGAAGGAAGGAGCAACACUUUCUUCAAAGGACGAGUCUCUGUCAACAGUUGUUGUUUUUAAAAGUAUUUAUUUAUUAGUUGGACGUUGAGGUUUCCCCCCCCCUUCCUCCUCCUCCUGCUGCUCCGUUGCCAUGGAGAGGCUCGGCUGUCACUCAGCAACGCAGGAGUAUCCGCAUCCGUUCAUCCACGAGGUGAAGCUGACCAGGGCUCAGAGGAUCAGGGGCGUCAUCCUGGGCAGCGUCCUCUGCCCGCUCCGCAUCGCCAUGACGGCGCUCUGCUUCCUCGUCAUGUGGCCCGUCGCCCGGCUGCGAUUGGCCGGCCUGUCCGAGGAGGAGCGCGCUCGGCCCGUCGAGGGCUGGCGGCGCCGGCUGCUCCACCCGCUCAUGCUGUGGCUGAGCCGAUUGGCCUUCUUCUUCCUGGGCUUCCUGUGGGUGGAGGUCAAAGGUCGCAGGGCCGACCUGAAGGAGGCGCCGGUGCUGGUGGUGGCGCCUCACAGCAGCUUCUUGGACAUGGUGGCUCUCAUACCGACGCAGCUGGCGACCGUGGUGUCGCGGUCGGAGAACACCGGCCUGCCGGUCGUAGGAGCUCUGCUGGAGUUCAACCAAUCGGUGAUGGUGAGCAGGACGGAUCCAGAGUCCAGGAAGAAGGCAGUGGCUCAGGUCACGGAGAGGCUGACCUCCGACGGCUACUGGCCUCAGAUGCUGAUGUUUCCCGAGGGAACCACGACCAACGGCAGCGCGCUCAUCAAAUUCAAACCCGGUGCCUUCCUCGCCGGACUCCCGGUCCAACCGGUUCUGUUGCGUUACCCCAACCAGCUGGACACGGUGCGCUGGACCUACAAAGGAACGAGCUGGAAGGAGGCGCUGUGGCACACGACCUCUCAGCUCUACACCAACGUGACAGUGGAGUUCCUUCCCGUUUACAAACCCUCCCAGGAGGAGAAGAGCGACCCCAACCUGUACGCGGACAACGUUCAGAAGCUCAUGGCCAAGGCUCUUGGACUCCCGUCUACAGACUACGUGAUGGAGGGCCGGGUUCCCGUCAAUAAGCUGGGGGGUCUCUCGCUCCCACUGGAGUCUCCUGCCAGGAAGACGCUCAGGCUGCUGCGCAGAGACGGUCUGGGAGCGCAUGAAGUGCAAGCAGCGCUGGACAGAAUGAUUGACAGGUGUCAGUCCGGAGCUCAGGGGUUUAAGGCCAGCGCAGAGGAGCUGACCUCCAUCCUCGGGCUGACGGAUGGACAGAUGGCCGCCACGGUCUGUGACAUUUAUUCCAAGGAUGAGGUCGUGGACCUCAGGCCGAUCUAUCUGACGGUAGCCGCUCUGUCCGGAUGCGUCGGCUUCAAGUCCCUCCUCCACACAGCGUUCACCCUGUUUGACGGACAGGGCCGAGGCAGCCUGAGUGCAGAGGAGCUGACCGACCUCAUGGCAGCGCUGCUGGAUUUCCCCCAGCGCCACACGGCCGAGCUGCACGCUCAGGCCUCCGGGCGCGGCCGGCUCACUGAAGAGAGUCUGCAGCGGGUGCUGACGACCCACCCGACCUAUCGGAGCGUGGCGGACGAGUACAUGCGGCCCGAGGAGGCGGGACCCCGGCCGGCCGACGGGGAGGCCGUGAACAACAACGGGAGCGUCUCCGACGGCAACGGGCCCCUCCGCGACAACAAAAAGUUUGAAUGAGGAAUAAAAAUGGAUCCCUGAGUGAAGCCAAAGGGACUAUAUUGAAUAACCAGAAUAACCGUCGACAAAGGAUUGUAUCUCAGGUGUGUGUGUGUGUGUGUGUGUGUGUGUUUUAAAAAUCUAUAUUACUGUACAGUCAACCAUGCCAAUAUUAGAAAACCAAAGAAUGAUUUAAAUUAUGACUACAGUGGCUCUGAGGUGUGAAUGUGUGUCUCGUGUAUUUAAAGACUUGGAAGUUUACACUUUUAAUCGCCCAACAGAUAUCUUGUUCAUGUUGUUGUUCCAGAUGCUGUUAAAAGACUCCAUUACCUUACAUGAAAUGUCUUAUUUAUAUCAUUUGUUUAUUCUUCUCAACCGGUACAGUUG